AUGCGUGUGUUGUGUUUUAUCCUCGCUAUUGCUGUUGUGGCCUGCAGAGCUGCUCCAGGGACUUCAAAUGACGAUGAUGGCAGAAUUGAGCUAUUUUCUGGUGUCGCCAUAGAGAAAGACGUCACCGGUGAAGAAAAACUAAAUGUGAAAUUUGAGCCUGGUGAACUGAGAGACGCAGCGAAGAGUUUUGCUGAAGCUCGAGGCAAAAUCAAGAAGUAUACGCCUCUUCUAGCAGGUAUUGGUGUCAAAGUCCUGGCUGUAGCUGGCCUGUUGUUCGGCGGUCUCACACUGCUGGUUACUAAAGCCUUAGUAAUCGCCAAGCUGGCCUUCGUGGUAGCAGCAGCUCUUGGCAUUCAGAAGCUAUUGAGUGGAGGUGGUUUGAACAGCAUCAGCGGAAAGAUCGCCGGCAUCCAGUCUUCCCAGCAGUGGUCAUCUCCAACAGCGCCAGCAUCAUCAUACCCUUACGCCAGAUCAUCAAGUGUCGCCAACGAUGCCAAUGACUUGGCCUAUGACGCACAGAUACCUUCAUAA